AAAAAAUUGAUUCUCUCCGCUCGUUGUUUGAGAUGAAAUAAAAGUAAGAAAGGCUUGCGGAAAGGCACCGCCUUCUUCCUCCAUCUCAGGCACCUUCCAUUUCCCUCUCAUACUCAACCCCAACCCCAACCCCAGAUCCACUUUUUAUCUUACAGAUUUCAACAAAAUUACAUCAAUCCGCCAUGGAUCUACAUCAAGAAGAGCUCCAAUUCCUCUCUGCUUCCGAUAUUCUCAAAGAAUCAAUCGCCAUCCCCAAACAAUCCCCUCAAACCUUUUACCUCAUCACCCUAACCCUAAUUUUCCCAUUAUCAUUCGCUAUUUUAGCUCAUUCUCUCUUCACUCACCCUUUAAUCACCCAAAUCCAGGAUCCAUAUGGCUCCCACACCUCCCAAUGGACUAAACUCCUCGUCUUUCAAUUUUGUUACCUCAUCUUCCUCUUCGUUUUCUCCCUCCUUUCCACCGCCGCCGUCGUCUUCACCGUCGCCUCCUUGUACACCUCCAAACCCGUCUCCUUCUCCUACACAAUGUCCGCGAUCCCCUCCGUCUUCAAACGCCUCUUCAUUACCUUCCUAUGGGUGGGUCUCACCAUGGUAGCUUACAACAUUGUGUUUCUCGGGUUUAUUGUUCUGUUGAUCAUCGCAAUCGAUACACAGAACUUGGUUUUGUUCUUCUUCUCUCUGAUUAUCGUCUUCCUGUUGUUCCUCGUUGUGCAUGUCUACAUCACUGCACUCUGGCACUUAGCAAGUGUGAUUUCUGUACUUGAGCCUGUUUAUGGCUUCGCCGCCAUGAAAAAGAGCUUCGAGAUCCUCAAAGGAAGGGCUCGCAUGGCGUCUGUUCUUGUUUUCGGGUAUUUCAUCAUUUGUGGGGCGAUUAAUGGACUAUUUGGAUCAAUUGUCGUCCAUGGUGGGGAGUAUUAUUACGGGGUUUUCUCAAGGAUCGUGGUCGGUGGAUUCUUGGUCGGUGUUCUUGUGAUUGUGAACCUGGUGGGAUUACUGGUUCAGAGUGUGUUUUACUAUGUGUGCAAGAGCUAUCAUCAUCAAGAGAUCGAUAAGAAUGCUUUGUAUGAUCAUUUGGGUGGAUAUCUUGGAGAGUAUGUGCCUCUUAAAAGCAGCAUUCAGAUGGAGAAUUUGGAAUAAUAAUGAAUCAGUAUCAGUAAUUACACUGAAUCUUUGUUUGUACUUGUUGUGUAUCACCAACGAAAAAAAGUGGGAGCAUAGUGAAUGAGCAGGUCUGCAGGUGUUCUACAACAUUUGAGAAGCCAAUUCCUUGAAGAUGCUAGUCAGGGUACACCUCUAGUUUAUUGAAUAGGAUUAAAGGGGGAAUCCGAAAAUCCGAUUUGAUAUCUUGUAUUUUCGGAUUAAGAUUGUAAAUUUCAAAAAAUUGGGAUAUUUUUUAAAUUGGAAUUCAAAAAUACUAAAUUAGUAAUUUAAUGUAUAAAUUUUGCUUUGCAUUUGAACUGCA